AUGGAGUCGGCGGCUGUGGUGAAUGCGACGGCACUAGCGUGGUCGCCAUCGUCAGCCAUGCCACCGAUGCUGCUGCCGGAGACCAGUUCUUACGGGAGUUAUGCGACCGGUGGCGUCACCAUGUCGCUGGAUGUUCUGCUAGGCUUCGGGUUGUUCGAUGUGAAUGGAACCAUCGGUGGCGAGAACGCAACCAGCGACCCUACUACCGAGCUGCCCCAUCCGUGCGAUCCAUCGAGCGAUGAGUUCGAUUGUUCUGUCGGCGAUUUUCUGGUGUACGCGCGAGGUCCUCAGCGUAUGCCGCUCUUCACCGCGAUGCUGGUCACGAUCCUGUUCGUCGGUAUACUGGUGACUGGUGUGAUAGGAAACUUGAUUGUGUGCCUCGUGAUCGUUCGGCAUCCGUCGAUGCGGACCGCCACCAACUACUAUCUGUUCAGUCUAGCCGUGUCGGAUCUCAUAUUUCUUCUGCUAGGGCUCCCGUACGAGAUUAGCCUUUACUGGCACCAGUAUCCAUACAAUCUCGGACUACCGUUUUGCAAAAUUCGCGCACUCAUCUCGGAAGCCUCGACCUACGUCUCGGUACUGACCAUCGUCGCCUUCUCGAUGGAACGGUUCCUUGCCAUCUGCCAUCCGCUUCAUCUUUACACCAUGUCUGGCCUGCAGCGUCCGGUCCGCAUCAUUGCCGGGCUGUGGAUCGUGAGCUUGCUGAGUGCCGUCCCGUUCGCCAUCUUUACCGACAUCGAUUACAUCGUUUAUCCGCCAACAAACGAGAAAAUCCUUGACUCAGCGUUCUGUGCGAUGUUAAGCAAUCCGGAAGGCUUUCCGCUAUGGGAACUGUCGACCUGUCUGUUCUUUGCCUUUCCGAUGCUCAUCAUGGUCGUGCUGUACGGGCGCAUGGGAAUGCAGAUACGAUCCCGCACUCAGCGGACGGCCGAACUUGGCGUUCGCAACGGAUCGGUUAAUGGACCAUCGAGGAUAUCACAGUCACGGAAAGCCAUCAUCCGGAUGCUCGCUGCCGUUGUGAUUACGUUCUUCGUUUGCUGGGCGCCCUUCCACGCGCAACGGCUUCUCUUUCUGUAUGCCCGCGACUGGCAACACUUCAACACGGUCAACACGUGGCUCUUUUCCGUGGCUGGCUGGCUGUAUUAUGUUUCUUGCACCAUCAAUCCGAUUCUGUACAAUGUGAUGUCCCAUCGGUAUCGAGUCGCAUUUCGAGAAACGCUGUGCGGUAGGCGGCGCGGUUUCGGCACUGGAUUUGCGCGCGAUCAGUCCAGCUUCCGGGAGACGACAAUCGACGUGAACAUGGCGGGCGGUAAUGGUGGCAGUGGGUACGGUGGCUACGAAAAUUCUAGGCUGCUACGGGCCCGAUCAAUGAUGCAAUCAAAACGAUCCCGAUUUCGAGGCACUCUGCACGCGAACAACAGUAUACGGUACAGUGACAACUGCAUUCGCCGGAAUUCCCUGCAGAUUGGCAACAUGCCCAGCAGCCGGAACUCUCUGUCGCCCAACCUUACCACCGACGUGGUGGUGAUGCUGGAGAACAAUCUCAACGGACGGCCCCGAUGCUAUACCACUUCCGCCACCACACUGGUCACGAACGUCGUCUCCAGCAACUCAACGGUGACAGAAAAUAGCUUCAAGAUACCGCUGAUCAGCAUUGACAAGCCGGGACCGGACCGAAUCGUACUACCGCUAGUGGGCAAUCCUAGCGGGUGCAGUACACCCGUCGAACCCGAUGGUGCCAAUUCUCACCACAAUGGCGGUGGAAACCUCAACAAUAGCUGUAAGAAUAGUAGUAAUAGUAACAAUAAUAACAAUAACAGUGUGUGCAACAAUAGAAACUAUGACGCGGAUGUGUCCAUAUCGGUGGACUCGGCAAACCACCACCAGCCGACUGGAUCGGUUGCGUCGUCCUCACCGGCGACAUCGCCAUUACUCGCCUUACCGGCCGUUACGGUUGUGCUGGAAGCGGACCUGAAGCAGCCACCAAUGAUGGUGGAAGAACGGCUUGCCACGAGUGAAUCGUUGCAUCACGUCGUCCAGCACGAUGAAAGCACCUGUCAGGAUGUACCGACCGUACCGACGUUUCAUUAUCAUCCUAAUCUGCUCCAGCAGCGGUGUGGCGAAAUGGAUGAGGUCGUACUGCUGACCGAUACAAAGCGUGAGACGUGCAUUUAACAGUA